AUGCUCAGCCGCAACGUACAAGCUGUCCGUGAGGCUCACAAGGCUGCUGCCUCAAUUGUCACUAAGCCAGUUGAGAAAGUGACCAAACUUGGAAAUGGACUGACUGUGGCAACCGUGGAAGCAAAUGGACCACUCACCCAAUUGGUAAAGUUCAUAGUUUUUGUGAUUCUUCUAAUUUUGUGCAGUUUCCAGGUCCUUGCCUUCAGAGCGGGAAGUCGUUUCGAGGAACCAAACCAGGCUGGACUCUCCCAUACCGUCCGUAAUUUUGUUGGAAGAGAUACCCAGCAAUACUUUGGAACUAGCGUCGUCUGGUCGUCUUCCGCUUCAGGAGCUGUCCUGGUGAUCCAAAACUUCUCCAAAGACUCUUAAUGAUGUAUUGAUUCUUCAGAAGUCCUUCACUACCCGUGAUCUGUUCGGUGUGGCGUUGACAAUUCCACGAGAUGAAACUUCAACUGGAGUUUCCAUUUUGGGACAGUCCGCCGCUCUCCCGGGAUUCAAGCCAUGGGAGGUUGAAGAUGUAUGUAACCAAGUAUUUUUACAAAUUCUGAUGGUCAAAUGACGCUCAGGUGCUCCCAACUCUGCGCGCGGACAAUGCAUUCAGAACUCAGUAUGACUAUGUGGUUGAUGGAAUUCACAAGGCCGCUUACAGGUGCAUUUAGACGCGUCAUUUUGCGUUGUAUCAUUGUUUUUUUCAGAAACGGAGGACUUGCGAACCCAAUUUUCUCCCCAUGCUCAAAGAUUGGAUCGCUCAGCACUGAAACCUUGUCUCGUUUUGCUGUAAGCAAUUCUGAUUAAUCUUAAUUUGCAAAUUUUUCCUCCAGAACAAGCACUUUGUCACUGGAAACGGAGUUCUUUUUGCCACCAACGCUGUUCACGAGGAUCUUGUGCUCUAUGGCGAGAACUUCUCCCCAAUUCGUCAAGGAAACAGUGUCUCGACCCCAUCAAGUGCUUAUAAGGUGAGUAUUUGA